UUUAGCCGGGCCAUGCCAAGCCAGCAGCUUGAGGCGAGUUGGCGACUUACGCAGCUACAUACAGAUUACAUACACCAGCUCUCGACAAGUAUCUAACCACCAGUUAUCAACCAUCCAACCUCAUAACAAUAGCAUCUGCAGCUUGCAAUUGGGAUCAUAGAGCUCUUCGAAGGUUCACAAUCUGAGACCCAAUUCACGGUGGAGUCUUGUGCCGUGGAGAAGGAACAAAUUCUCCAUGAACUGCUCCCAAUUCUUCCUGUUUUAAGCCUCUUGGAGUGUCCAGGUUCAACCUAUUUAGAGCUUACUUGGGGACCCUGCACCCAGUUCACCCGUCCCCAUGGCGGCGUUCAGGCCUUCGUCCACUGGUUGGACCCUGUGCCUGGCCAUUUUGGCCAUCCUCUCGUGUCUAGUUGUCCCCGGAGAGAUGGUCAAGCACGAGAACUUUAAGACGUGUUCGCAAUCUGGCUUCUGCUCGCGGAAUAGAGCUUAUGCAGAUACAGUUUCCAGCCAAGGCUCGUCAUGGUCCGCUCCCUAUCACCUUGAAUCGAACUCUAUUCAAUUUGCCAAUGGCCAACUGUUGGGAAUAAUCGUUAAGACUAUCGAAAAUAACGAGAAGGUUAACUUGCCUCUCACUGUAUCGUUCCUUCAGUCAGGCGUUGCUCGUGUCACAGUAGACGAAGAGAAGCGGAUACAGGGAGAUAUACAAUUACGACAUGAUCGGAAAAUAAGGAAAGAACGUUAUAAUGAGGCUGAGAAGUGGGUAAUUGUGGGGGGUUUGGAGCUGAGCUCCUCCGCUGAAAUUGCUAAGGGAACGGAAGCCGGAAUUACAAAGGUCCAUUAUGGGCCCGACAACAAGUUCCAGGCUGUCAUCAGGCACUCCCCAUUCGAAGUACACUUCCAAAGGGAUGGCGAAACACACAUUCAACUCAAUGACAAGGGGCUUCUGAAUGUGGAGCAUUGGAGGCCAAAGGUUGAGAAGCCGACUGGGGACGAUAGCGAAUCAGAGCCACAGGAUGCUGUGGAUGACAGCACUUGGUGGGAGGAAUCAUUUGGUGGAAACACCGAUACGAAACCAAGAGGCCCAGAAAGUGUUGGCCUGGAUAUUACUUUCCCUGGAUACAACCAUGUGUUUGGUAUCCCUGAACAUGCCGACUCACUCUCCCUGAAGGAAACAAGGGGAGGUGACGGGCAUCACACUGAACCUUACCGUUUGUACAACAGCGAUGUGUUCGAAUAUGAGUUGAAUAGCCCAAUGACACUUUACGGAUCCAUCCCAUUUAUGCAGGCACACCGUAAAGGUUCCACGGUGGGUGUACUGUGGCUGAAUGCCGCGGAGACAUGGGUCGACAUUGUCAAGACGAAGGCUUCAACCAACCCUCUCGCUCUCGGUGUCGUUGGCAAAACUAGCACGCAAACGCAUUGGUUCUCGGAAGCCGGACAACUCGAUGUUUUCGUGUUCUUAGGACCAACACCCCAAGCCCUCAGCAAGUCGUAUGGCGAACUCACCGGUUUCACCCAACUGCCCCAGCAUUUCGCAAUUGGCUACCAUCAGUGUCGCUGGAACUACGUGACCGAUGAGGAUGUCAGAGACGUUGACAGAAAAUUCGACCUUUAUCAAAUUCCUUACGACGUCAUUUGGCUCGACAUCGAGUACACUGACCACAAGAAAUACUUUACUUGGGAUCCUCUGACAUUCCCGGACCCGGACGGAAUGCAGAAACAGCUUGACGAUUCGGGACGUAAACUCGUUAUCAUCGUCGACCCUCAUAUUAAAAACGAAGCAAACUACCCUGUUGUAGACGAGCUGAAAUCGAAAGGGCUAGGUGUGAAGAACAAGGAUGGCGACAUCUAUGACGGCUGGUGCUGGCCUGGAUCGUCCCAUUGGAUCGAUUGUUUCAAUCCAGCUGCGGUAUCGUGGUGGAGUACUCUCUUUAAAUAUGACAAAUUCAAGGGAACCCACUCUAACAUGUUCAUUUGGAACGAUAUGAACGAGCCGUCCGUUUUUAACGGCCCGGAGACAACCAUGCCUAAAGAUAAUAUUCACCAUGGCGGCUGGGAGCAUCGUGAUUUGCACAACCUCAAUGGCAUGACAUUCAUCAACGCUACUUAUCAUGCCAUGUUAGAACGCAAAAAGGGCGAGGUGCGCAGACCAUUUGUCCUGACUCGGUCGUUUUAUGCAGGGACACAGCGGGUGGGAGCCAUGUGGACUGGUGAUAAUCAGGCCAACUGGGAACACCUUGCGGCAUCUCUCCCCAUGGUGCUCAACAACGGCAUUGCCGGAUUCCCCUUCGCAGGAGCUGACGUUGGAGGUUUCUUUGGAAACCCAAGCAAGGAGCUACUAACAAGAUGGUACCAAACCGGUAUCUUCUAUCCGUUCUUCCGUGCCCAUGCGCACAUCGACACCCGCAGGCGUGAGCCUUAUUUGGCUGGAGAGCCGUACAUGAGCAUCAUCACCCAAGCCUUGCAGCUGAGAUAUCAGCUCCUUCCUGCAUGGUACACUUCUUUCCAACAGGCUUCCAUUGACGGCAGCCCAAUUGUCCAGCCCCAAUAUUAUGUCCACCCGGAAGAUGAGGCUGGUUUUGCAAUCGAUGACCAAUUGUAUCUGGGAUCCACUGGCUUACUUGCUAAACCAAUCGUGGCGGAGGGUGCCACUAGCACUGAUAUCUACCUUGCCGAUGACGAAAAAUACUACGAUUAUUUCGAUUAUACUGUCUAUCAGGGUGCUGGGAAGAGACACACUGUUCAAGCCCCGUUGGAAAAGAUUCCUCUCUUGAUGCAGGGUGGCCACAUCAUCCCACGCAAAGAUCGACCCCGUAGAAGCAGUGAACUCAUGAAGUGGGAUCCAUACACGCUCGUGGUUACCUUGGACAAGAACGGCCAAGCCGAGGGAACUCUUUAUGUUGAUGACGGCGAGACGUUCGACUACCAGAACGGCGCCUACAUCCACCGCCGCUUCACCUUCUCCGAGUCAUCGUUGUCAUCCACAGACAUCGGAGCCAAAGGCACCAAGACUGCGCAGUAUCUGAAGACGAUGGCCGGUGUGCGUGUGGAGAAAAUCAUAAUUGUCGAUGCCCCAGAUGCCUGGGAGAGCCAAUCGACUGUUCUUGUUCUUGAAGAAGGGUCGCAGACUGGAUCCCAGGCAAGCUUGCAGUGGCAUGCUAAGCAGGGGGGGAAGGCUGCCUAUGCUGUGGUCAAGGACCCAGGCGUAUCUAUUGGAGGCUUGUGGAAGAUUGAUUUCUCUUAGACUGCACGUUCCCCCUGGUUAUUCAUGUACUGAGGAUAUAUCUAUAUGCUACAGUCUGACCGUCCGUCUAUUUUUUCAUGGUAUAUUUUUGUAUAGAUCCUUUCCUUCUUUGCUUAAGUCAAUUUUCCCUUCUCAGCGUUCACACCGGUGAAACCGAACAAAUCAAAACACUAGAUUAUCUAUUCUAUUAUUAUGGAUACCAGCUACAUCACAUAUUUUUCUUCCCAUCGAUGAGACUGGAGAAGUCACAACAAUUGGCCAAUGAUCCACCACGAAGCUACAGUACAUGAAGCUCCCAUAAGCCAUUUUGCAUGUCAUGAGGUCGGAUUUUCACAUGGCAACAAAAGCUCGCCAUCUAUUGCUUCGUGUCCCCCUAGAUAACUACACCGUAUGUAUCUCGGGCCAAUCGUGACUUCCUCCAGCGCAAUGGCGGAAUAUAUUAUGAUUCAUUCGUAGGACGUACGUAGUUAUAGGCAGCAUUAAUAUGUACAGUACACGGAAAGGAAAUAUGGAUGAAUUUUAUUUAUUUUUUUAUUCCAGAAAUUUUCAUUGCUCGUCAAACCUCUUCGUCCAACCAGGGUUGAAACUUGAAGGAUCC